CAUACUAUUCACGCCUAUCAUCGUCACUAUACUUGUGACCAAAUAUAAAUAAAAUCAUAAUUUUUGAAAACCAUUAAAAAUUGAAGAUGAAAUAAGUAACACAUUCUGCGACCUAAUUGGAACUGCUUAGAACAAAAGCGGAUUAAAAUCUCUCCCAAUGAAAUUCAUUUGCAAUUUCAUAGGUACUCCCUACUUUCACUUCUAUAAUUUUGAGAAAACACCACUUCUCAACUUCAUCAUCUCUCCAACAAUGAAAGUCAAUUUCAAUUUAAUCAAUAGUCCCCAACUUUCACUUCUAUAAUUUUGAGAAAACACCACUUCUCAACUUCAUCAUCUCUCCAACAAUGAAAGUCAAUUUCAAUUUAAUCAAUAGUCCCCACUCCUGGGCCCAUUUCAAUUGCAAGCAAAUUUGCACACCAAGCAAAUUUGCACACUUGCAAUGGCACCCCACAUCAGCUUGCAAGUCACUAUAAUUGCACCAUUGGAGAUGCUCUUAUGCAAAUUUGCACCCUUGCAAUAGCUUCUCACAUCAUAGCAAUUUAAAGAUGCAAUUGCACCUCCUUGCCACAUCAACUUGCAAGACACAAACAUUGCACCAUUGGAGAUGACCAUUACUGCAUCUCGUCACCUGUCUUAGGUAACUUAGCCAUGGCAAAUUCAAAAAAUACUGCAUGCAUGGAAAAAUCCAGGUAUGGACAAUUCAAAAUAUAGGACACUUUCCUAGUAAGAUGAUGUACUGGCUCCCUCAAUACCUGACAGUUUUGAGUGCUGGAGAAUUAAGGAAAAGACAAAAGACUAGAAAAAAACCUAACAAAGACUUAGGAAACUUGUUGACAGAAGAGAUCCAUUGCUGGCCCCUUUGGUGCUCCAACGCUCCACCCCGCCCUGCAUCAAUCGAAUCUCAUGUAAGCCGAGGAAGUUUGCUUGAGGAGGCCUCAGGGGUCUCUUGAUGCUCCGUAUGCCGAAGAUCAAUAAAAGUAUUGGUCAAUUCGGCUAUACGGUACACCGGCAAAUAAGCGCACUGGUCCUCCUUAACAUAAACCCCCAUAUCCAUCCCAACCCUUUCAAGAAAGGUGGUCACGAAGGUGGCAUAGGGAAAGGCAGUAUACCGGUUUUACCCUCUAGGAGCAGCCUCAACCAUGUUCAGGCACAUGAGAGAUGCGAGGUUAACAGGAACACCUCAUUGAGCUUGCACAAGGAUAAACAAGUCAAGUUUACGAAUAAUCGAAUGACCAUGGUACCUUGGCAGGAAGCAGUUGACGAUCAACCAGUGGAGGAAUCGAAGAGGAUCUGGGAGGAAAGAAGACUGGAUGCGCCCCUUCGUGAGUUUCGCCAGUUCAACUCAAACUCAAAAUCGUACAGCCGCCCAAGAUCGCUUCUGCUCUCAAUGGGGUGUCCUCCGGCGGGAAGAUCUCAGCAAACUGAUGCGGCUAGAAGCAGACUCUAUGUCCCAUGAAGAUCGACACGAGAUGAGAAUCACAGGGACCAGAAAGCUGUAGAUUGUGGUAGAACUUCCUCACCACAUGGGGGCAUUUACUAGUACUUCCUCAACUCCGGAGAUCAAAUAACUUUUCACAGCCAAGAUUUUUUAUUAACAUCUUCACUGCUGGAGGGAAAGGACUUAGGUGGAUGAACUCGUACUCGGCCACAAUUGUUGUUUUGCUUGUAAAUGAAAGAUAGUCACCAAGACUGGCGGUGGAUCGGCAGUCUUCAUUUGAUAGAGAUAGUAUCCCCAUUUCCGCAAACGAUCUACUUUUUUUUGCCAUGGAUUCUAGAGGAAGAAGUAACAAGGGGAAGGUGAAGAUGGAGGAGAGAGAGAAUGUAGGUUUAAGAAAAAGUGAUCGUGGGG